AACUGUGGCUGUUAUACUAUCGACUCUCUUUACAUAAAAAUGGAAGACGCAUGGUUGAAUGCAGGUGGACGUUGUUUUGAUUUACUGUUUCAGUAAAUUCUUUGAAAAGUAAUAUUUGAAGCAAGAUGGCGGCAUUAGAUUCAAUGGCAGAACUCACUGGCUUAUUGGAACAAUGGUUGAGGGAGCAGACAACAGCAACAAGUCCUAUUCCGAUCCUGACAAGAAUUUCUGAGUUGAUGGAAAAGGAGACAGAAUCUUACUACAAGAUGGACCCUGAUCCAUUUGAUGAUCGCCAUCCAGGGCGAGCCAAUCCUACAUGUGCUCUAGGACACCUGAUGAAAGCCCUGUUUAAAAAUGAAGACUUCAUGAAUAAGUUGGUCAGUCAGUAUCUGAUGGGCAGUCGUGACCAGCAGGUUGACUUACAAGCUGCAGCUUGUCGGCUCCUCUUGGCGUUACUUCCAGGGCUUGAGCCCUCCAUAGUGUUUCAGGAGACGGAGGGGUUGGUGAGGCGUCUACUACACUGGGCCGAGACGAGUGAGGACCCACUACGUUCCUACGCUAUUGGAGUUCUGGCUGGGGCCAUGGAAAUACAUGAUGUUGCUGUCAACUUUAAGGAUGUCAACAGUGGCCACAAACUUGUUUCUAUGAUGCUGGAACGACUACAUGAACUAAAGGGUCAGAUGGAACAGGAAAACAAGGAACAGCCUUGUAAACAGGAGGACAACCAUCGUUAUUUCUCUAUGUUUGAUGUACACAAAACAGACGGCACUGCUGACAGAACGGACGAAGCAUCUGGCAAAACAACUCGCAGUCAAGGGAAAUCUGUCUGUGAUACAUCUAAUGAUAAUUAUUGUAGCGCUGACUUAACUGAAGAAUCCAAUUUAAGGAAAACCAGUGGUUCUAGUAUGCUGAUAAAACCUGACAGUAUUGGUAAUGAGCCAGAUAAAUCUUUGAUACCCUCCAGUACACCCAUAACACAUAAUACUAACCAGGAACAUUUAAAUGUGUCAGUAAAUCUAAAAGGUUCUUAUAUGGCGGCCUCUUCUUCAAGUGGGAGUGCUGAGACUCAUCAAGAUGACUUAAAAUUUGUAAAACCAAAUUGUCAGAGAAAUGACAAAAGCAGUGUGAAAGGCAGUCCAGAAAAACAGAAAGAUGGUAGAAAGGAUAGUAAAGAUGGUAGGGAGGAAAGUAAAGAAAAGAUAGGACAAAAACGAUUGUACCGCCAAACGGCCAUGAAGAGGGCUCUCUCUCCUAGCUACUACAGCGAAGACAUUUAUAGAUUUAAACGCUCGAGAACUCGAGAGGACUCUGUUAGUGAAUUCAGCAACAGUAGUUGGGCCGAGAUGGAGCCAUAUGUGAUUGGAACAUUCUGUCUUUCACCACUCUCUACAGCCAUGAAGCAAAGAUUGAUCUUACAGUACCUCACUCCAAUGGGGGAAUACCAGGAGCUGAUAUCUGCUGCAUUUGAACACAAUGCUGUUGACCUGAUUUUCUACUACAUUGACUUGAAGUGCAACAAAGACAUCAGAUUAGCUUUCGUAGCAUUGAAGUACCUGGCCACCUUGAUGUGUCAUAAGAAGUUUGCCAUCGAGUUUCUACAGAUGAGUGGGUUACAAAGACUGCUGAAUGUGUACCGUCCAUCCAUCGCCGCCACAGGAGUGUCGCUCUGUCUCUAUUACCUCUCCUACUUCGAGGAUGUCCUUGAACGGGUUUGUCUUUUGCCAGAACAUGUGUUGACGCAUCUUGUUCAAUAUACCCUGUGGUUAAUGGAAUGCUCCCAUGAUUCUAGUCGUUGCCAUGCUGCCAUGUUUUUUGGGAUGGCUUUCCCAUUCCGGGUGAUAUUGGACCUGUUUGAUCAGAAGGACGGCCUGAGGAGACUGUUCAAUGUGAUAAGUACCCUUGAGAUACUGAACGUUGAAGCUCGACGUGACAGCCUCAACGAAGACCAGAUCUUCACUAUGAGGCAGUCUGCACGACACGUGUCUCUCGCAAUGAAACGAUAUUUCGAAGCUCACAUGGCACACAAAAUUGAUGAGAUCCGACGUUCUCACGCCAGAAAUGAUGGAAGCUCACCAGUCCAGGAAAACCCAGCCUACAAAGCUAUAAAGUUGAGUCCAGAGCUUGUCCAGGAAAACGUGGAGUUGAUGAUGGAACUAAUGCCGGUACGAGCACACUGGGGCCCAGAAGCUACCUUCCAUAAACUGGGCGGUAUUCAGUUACUCUCACAACUCAUCGCCAUGGCUCCCAGCUGGAAUAACUACCCAGGAAAGCCGGAGAUGAUCAGGAAUGCGCUGGAUGUUAUCAACGUUUGUACAGUGACACCAAAGUCACAGCUUGCCCUACUUGACUUGGUACCUAUGCCAGAAAAUCACCAAACUCCAGCCAUCAGCGUGUUCAUUGGCCUAGCUGAGGGCGAGGUACUGUCUGAUCCAGACGUACAGAAGUCCGCUCUCAAUGUUAUCAUCAACUGUGUGUGUGGGCCUGUGGAAAGGUUGGGCGGUGGGGUUGGAAGAUACAUGGGUACAGGAGCCAAGAAAAAAAUCAACCUGAAGACGGGGGAGGAUGUCCUGAGUCGCAUGUGGAAUGGAGUGCGAGUCAACAACGGCAUAAUGGUGCUGUUAAAGUUAUUGUCAGUGAAAACGCCAAUCACUGAUGCGGACUGCCUCCGAGCUCUGGCCUGUAAGGCUUUAGUGGGCUUGUCUCGGUCAGAGACUGUCAGACAGAUCAUUGGUAAAUUACCAUUAUUUAAUAAUGGCCAGCUGCAAAUGUUAAUGAAGGAACCUGUAUUACAAGAUCGGCCACAGGAGUUUGUCAAGUUCUGUAAAUACGCAAAUAACUUGCUGGAACGAGUGUCCGGGAAACACUCACAUGCCAAUUUUGAUGCCUCCCUGGAGGAGAUAAGGAGGGCAGACAUUGUUGCUCAAACAAAGAUCGUGUUCCAGGAGAGGGAGCUACUCCAGCUGAUGUACAGCCAUCUGGUAUCACAGGGUUUACAUGUAACAGCUUCAGCCCUACAGAAGGAAGCUUCCCUUUUGGUGUAUUCCUCUCAACUUCACCCCACCAGCCCUCAUUUCUUCUCCACACCCCAUCAAACACCAAAAAUGGGGCGACAGAUUUGUCUGCCAAACAGCCAAUCAGGUUCCAGCAGUCAUGUGACUCAGCCAAUCAGUAUCAACACAUCGUCCAGUCAGACAGAGAAUGGCUCUGCUCAGGGCUCAAGUGGUACAUCAGGACACAUACGUUUUACCAUUGGACGGCCUUCCCAUCCCUCUCCCUCUGUCACAUACAGCAAGAUACAACCCACACGAUGUCGAUUUAACCGGGAAAAGGAGGGAGGACUGGGAAGUCCAGCUCUACGUAACAGAGGCAAUAUCGGCAAAACAACAGGAGAAUUUGAAACAACCUUGGAUAAGAUUGUAACUGAAUAUUUACGGAAACAACAUGCUCUCUGUCGGAACCCCGUCUCUACAUGUCCUCAGAUGUCUCUAUUUCAACCGCAUCGAUGUCCAGAGGCACGGGGAAAGAGGAGUGCUCCAGCUAAUUUCACCUCUCGCUACUUCAAAAGUCAGAUACAGCCAAGAUUCGGAGGUCUUGAAGGUGCUAGUGCAAAUCAGAAAUUCAUCUACAGCAGAUUUCGACCCAUCAAAACUUUCAAAGAUGGCGAUGAUAACAUGGGCUUUACAUGUUGUGCUUUUUCGCCAACACAGCAGCAUCUGAUACUAGGAACAUACACCGGGGAUCUGAAGUUGUUCAAUGUCAUGAUGGAUGAGGAACCAGUCAGCUUACGUGCUCACACUUCACCAAUAAAUAACUGUCAGCCAUCCAGGGAUGGCGGCUUGAUUCUGACUUCAUUUGAGAUUGAAUGGGAAAACAUGCCAGGAUCCUGUCUCUGGUCUUAUGGAGAUAACCUUGACAGCAAGUAUUCAUUUGAAGAUUACUAUGUCGAGUUUAGUAAGCACAUUGAAGACAGGAUCAUUGGCACCAGGGAUGACACUGCACGUAUUUAUGACGUAACCACAGGUCGUCAGUUGCUGAAGCUGUAUGACGCCAACAAGGCCAACAACUACCAGCUAAAUCGUGCCACUUUUAACCCUACAGACGACAUGGUGCUCAAUGAUGGCGUAUUAUGGGAUGUGCGAUCAGGGAAGUCUAUUCACAAGUUUGACAAAUUUAACCAGUUCGUGAGUGGAGUAUUUCAUCCAAUGGGACUGGAAAUCAUCAUCAACUCGGAAGUUUGGGAUAUCAGGACCUAUCACCUUCUUCAUACAGUUCCAGCACUCGACCAGUGUCAAAUUCAUUUUAACAACAAUGGCAACAUCAUGUACGCUAUUCAGAUUGAUCAAGAACCAGAUGCUUCAGAAGAGAAAGUACGAAGUCCAUACGGAUCUACAUUCCGAACGUUUGAUUCAAAGGACUACACAUCCAUUGCGACAGUCGACGUGAAAUCCGGCAGCAUCGCAGAUCUGUGCUGUGACCAAGCUGACUGCUUUCUGGCUGUAGUCGAGAACCAAGACUUUACGGAGACAGGAACAAAGGAAAGCGUGUGUAAGCUGUAUGAGAUCGGAAAAUUACGCGACGCAGAGGACGACCUGCAAGAAGAGGAGGAAGAUGAUGGACUAGAAGAUGACGAUGAUGAUGAUGAUGAUGAAGAUGACAUCCUAAAUAUGGAGGACUCUCUAGAUGAUUCCAAUGACUCUUUUGAUGUUGACAGGGAUGAUGAUGAAAAUGAAGAUGAUGAUGACAUUGAUGAAGAGGAUUUUUCGAUAUCAGACGUAGAUGAUGAAGAUGACCUUGAUGACGAUAUACUUUUUCAGUUAGUGUGAUAAUAUUCGGUGCUGAAGACUUCUACAGAUCUAGAGACAAUAGCUGAUCUAUUUUUACCUGCAAUAUGUUGUUGACUGAGAUACGUAUUGUAUAGAUACCGGUUUUUAUCAUCUCUUAUAAUUCUACAGUUUCUAAAUAAAUAUAACGCAAUUUUAUAAAA